UCGUCGGGAAAACCGGGCAGUGUGCGCGAUAAAAUUCACGGUGUUCCCUCGUCCAAGCUCGUCGCCGUCGUCCGCGCUCGACAACCGUCGCGCGCAACGUUCCCCAUUUCGUAUAGAGGUGUUCACUGACGGCCGUCUUCCGCGAGUCUCUUAUCGUAGUAAGGCGUCGACGUUGGGUUUCACGUUUACGAUAAUUUUCGACCCCACCGUCGCCAUCCCCGACGAGGCGUCGUUUUCGAGUUUCGACGUCGUUUUUGGGUUUGUUGUUACCUAUUUUUUUUUUAUUUUUUUUUUUUUUUUGCCACUUCGCGAGACCCAAUGUCGUUGGGUCGAGUUCAGUCCACCGCAAAUGCCACGGCACAAAAUCAUCAACCAAUCACUUAUAGAACAUGCUGAAAAUACACAAGGGACUAAAAAAAAAGAAGAAAAAUAAGAAAAAUAAACAUAAAGAAGAAGAACUUUUCAACGAAGAAGAACUUGAAAAAUAUCGUCGAGAACAUCAAGCGGGUAAAGUAGCCGAAAGUGAAAUAGACGGCCAAGAAGAGUGGCAGAAAUUUAAAGCAAUUACUGCUGGAAUCGAUGAUGUCUUAAAAAAAACACAAGGUGAUCUUGAUCGUAUCAAAACAAACAGUUUCUUUCAAAGAAAACCUACACAGACUGAACUCAAAGCUGUCGAAGAUAAACUAGAAGCGGAAAAAAAGGCAAGAAUAUUAGAAGAAGCCCGCCUAAAAGCUGAAGCGGAGGCUCUAACUGCCGCUAAAGCAGCAGAAGAAGCAGCGGCUUGUGCGCCAGCUGAAGAAGAGUCGUCAUCAGAAGAUUCAGAAAAUGGUGAUGAUAUAUUUGACACUUCUUACGUCGAUGUUAUAACAAGUGGAGAAGUAAAACUUGCGUACAUUCCAGAAAGUCCAACUGAAGAAAGUACAGAAUUUGAUCCAUUUGAUACAUCUAUAGUAGACAAAGUUAUCCAACCUAAUCCAUCUAAGAAAAACAAAAGAUAUAUAAGUCUUGGAUGUGCGGUUGAAGUUCUUUCCGGAAAGGAAGUUGAUAUAAAUCCCGAGGUAUUCAGGUCAACUGCUGUACGUAAAAGACCUAAACCUGUAAAUUUAUUAUUGGAGAGUUUUGACGAGAGCAGUUCAAUCGCAAAACUUGCUGAUGUCAAACCAAUAAAAACAUUGCUUGACGACGAUCCAGAUUUACCAACUGACGCAUUACCGUUAACAAUUGUCACUCCUAUUGAGAUAAAACCUCAGCAAAUUAAAAAAGAAAAUACCAAAACUCCCGAACAAGAUAUCAGUCAAAUUAUUAACGAGUUUGAUUCACCACUUAUUUUAUCUGAAACAGUCAAUACACAAUUACAGCUUGAUGACGAUAUUGAUGAUGAGUUUGCUGCAUUAGCUGCUGAAUCAUUGUCAAAAUCUCCUUUACCCGAGGACGUUGAUCCUUUUGAUACGUCAUUUGCAGAUCAUCUUGUGCCUACAAUCAACAAUCUCAAAAUUGAAAGUGAACAAUCCAAUCCACAAGCUGACGAUAAGGUAGCGGAAAAAGAUUUUUUUGAUACUGUCAGACCAUUAAGUCUUGAACAUAGAGAUUUAUUGGGUGGAAGUACAACUGAUUUAUCAGUUAUUGGACAUAAUCCGAUUAAACCCCAUAAUCCGGCAUCUGAAACUACCCACAUUGAUCCAUUUGAUACAUCUAUUGCAGAAAGCUUAUUACCUGGAAAAGGAGAAUUAAAAUUACUUGAAAAAGAAUUAUUAGAAGAUUCUAAAACUAUUUGUAAAAAAAUAAUUAUUGAAGAAGACGACGAUUUUGAUCCAAGAGCUGAGGAUAUUGCUCGACCAGCUGAACUUAAUCUAAAAGAGAAGAGAAUUAGUAUACCAAAAGUAACAUUUGCCUUAGAAAAGGAUUUGUUGACUGACGACCAUCACGGUGAAUUGCAUGUAGCAAAACCGUUGACUCCGUAUUACCCACAGGACCAACCAAACGAAGACAGUUUUGAAAUCGAUCCAUUUGAUACAUCAUAUGUGAAACACGCACCGGGAGAAGUAGAAUUAAAAUUAUUAGAAAGCGAAUUAGUAGAAACUGAGCCCAAAAGUACAGAUAUACUGACUGAAGAAGAAUUCAUACCUCAUAUUCUUCAUACACCUGUUGAACCAGAAAUUGCUGUUCCCGAAGAAAUUGAUCCUUUUGACACUUCAUUUGCAAACGACGCUGUGCCAAGUCAAACAGAAAUAAAAUUAUUAGAAUCUGAAUUUAUACAUAAUAACAUGGCUAACCCAUUUUUAUUUGAUGACACAACAUCUAACUUCACCGAAAGUAAUAAUACUUUUAAUCCAUUCUUAACUAAUACAUCAACUGAACCAGAAUCUCAUAAUGAUAAUCCUUUCUUUUCAACAUUUGGUGCAUCAAACGCCAUUCCAGACACUACAAAUCCCUUUUUGGCGUUCACACAAAAUCCUGAACCAGCUCAGUCAGUGGUUGAUCUUUUGAAUAUUAAUGACACUUCCCAAACUACUGUACAAGAUGAUGCAUCCAAAAUGAAACCGCCUCCACCGAGACCAGCUCCGCCAAAAAGACCACCACCAAGACCUACACCACCACCUCCACCUUUACAUGAAGCUAAAGAACUCAUUCUUAGUGUAACAGGAGAGAUGGAUGCGACUUCAUCACAUUUAUUAGACAGAUUGGGAAAAACACCAAGUCCGACUCCAAUGCGGGACUUAUUAACUCCAAGUCCUACGCCAACAGCUGAUUUAUUAGGGUGCGAUGAUCUCCAACCUCCCGUUAACUCUCAAACGUCGAGUGUUUUUGAACAACAAUCCAAUAUUAUUGACCUUCCUUCAGGAUCAAAACCAGAAAGACCAAAAUUUCCUCCGAAAAUUGAUUUUCUUAUGGAUGAUUUACUAGAAGAUGUUCCUAUCAACGAAGGCAUACGGCCUGAAGAGAGUUUAGAGAAAAGUAGAACCCCGUCGAUCACAGAAAAUUCACCAUUACCUGAAGGAUCAAAACCAUCUUCAAGAAAAUCUUCAAAUGAAUUUAUUCUACCAGUAAGAAGAUUAUCUCAUGAUGUAACAGAAUCCAGAAAAAUAAUGCCUGAUUUAAGUAAAAUAGCAGAUCGUAGGAAGUCAGACAUAGGUCAUUUCGCACCGAUAUUACCUUCAAGAAAACCAACCAGCCAAAGCGAUCAAUCACUACUCGAAAGUAAAUCUGAAAACAUAAUUCAAGAAAUCAAUGAGCCUGGAGAUAAAUCAUCUAAUGAAAUACUUGAAAAUACGCCAAAUUCUAAUUUAAUACCAACUGAAGAAAUUCCAGACCAAAAAGUAAAAGAAGAAACUAUUCCUACAGUAUCUGAAGAAAUAAAUAGUCAGUGGGAUGAAGAAAAAAAUGGAUUAGACUUUGAUUCUCAGCAACAAAUAAAAUCUUCUUGUCAAAUUGAAACGGAAACUCCAUCAUCGAAUGAUACUAAAUUAACACCAUCUGCAACAGACCUUUCACCAUUAGAAUUGACAGAGAAAGAAAAUUUAUCUUUUAAUGCCUUUUAUGUAAAUACAACAUUACCGACAUCUGAAUCAUUUCCUUCGUUUACUGAUGGAGAUGGAAUAGGAGAAGAGCACGUAGAUAUUAAUGCAUACGAUACAAAACCGAUACCACCAGUGCCCGAUCCAUCGCCUUUCCAAGAAGCACCUACUCAAGAAACUUCAUUUAACGCAGUAUUUGAAGCUUCCGAGCCAACAGUAACUCCUCCGUUUGAAGAUCAAAAACCGCAGCAAUUAGAUAACACACAACCAACUGUAAUUGCAACUGAGCUUGAGUCAUUCCCGAUAUCAACAGAGACUGAAAACCACGAUGCAUUCGAUGCAUUUGCUGCAAAGUUUGACGACUCUCAAAAUGAUUAUAAUGCAUCUGGAGGGGCAUUUGAUGCAUUUGGAAGUGUUUCGGUAGGAGCUUUAGAUGAUUCAACUGUGGGUUUUGGAAACGAGGACAACUUUGAUUCGUUUUUAUCAACUCAUCAAAUCCCCGCUGCACCACAGUCAACACCAGCUAAAGUUACGCGAAAUAAUUCCGGAGAAUCUUUAGAUGAAAAUGACUUCAACGUUUUUAUAAGACCUAAAACAGAAUUCGACAACACCGAUCAAUCCGCCGUGCCUUCAAUAGCUCCUCCGCCAAAAGUACCUAUAAGUUUGUUUCAAGAAGGAACGCCUUCUAGAUUCAAUCCAUUUGAUCAAGAGCCCAAUGAAACGAAUUAUACAAACCAAGCUACAUAUUCCCCUCAAACUAUUCCUCAACGAACUGAUUCUCAAGAGACGCCUCCAAGUCCAUUAUUUGAUGAAGAUGUAUCUCAACCCCUUGAAGAAUUUCCAAGAGUCAAUUACAAUGGCGAUGGCUGGGCAAUGGAAUUAAGACAACCAAAUAAGAAAAAAAUCACUGCUCACCGAUUUUGGAAAAAAAUAUUUGUCAAAAUCACAUACCAGGGAGAAAAUCCUGUCCUACAAUUGUAUAACACUAAAGAUGAUAAAGAUCCAUUCCAAGAAUUACCAUUGCAGCCCAGUUAUUCCGUAUCUGAUAUUGGAGCCCAACAAUAUGACCAAUAUGGUAAAAUAUUUACCGUUAAACUGUUAUAUAUAUUCUAUAAAGAGAAAGCAGGAUUUAGGCCUGGUCAAGUUACAAAAGCCGAGAGGCUAACUAACAAACUGAGUCAAUUUGCAGCUUAUGCUAUUCAGGGUGAUUAUCAAGGUGUAAAAGAAUUUGGUAGUGAUUUGAAGAAAUUAGGAUUGCCCGUUGAACACGGAGCUCAAACAACGACACUGUUAAAAUUGGGAAGUCAUAAUUAUGAAGACAUGAAACAGUUUAGUAUUUGUAUCGAAGAAGCCUUAUUCAAGCUUUCUGCUCAUCGUGAUAGAGCAUUGAACUAUAAAGUAGAAGACGUGCAAAUCACUGCUAUUGAUGAACUAUUUGUUGACCAAAAUUCACAAGGAUCGGUACUAAAACAAAUCGCACGAGUCCGUUUGUUCUUCUUAGCGUUCAUGUGUGGAAUGCCCGAUGUUGAGCUGGGUGUAAAUGAUUUAGUUCGACAAGGCAAAGAAGUGGUCGGCCGUCACGACAUCAUUCCGGUAGUUACUGAAGAAUGGAUUCGAUUAGAAGGGGUUGAAUUCCACAAUUGUGUUCAACAAGAUGAAUAUGAGAGGACAAGAACUAUAAAAUUUAAGCCUCCGGACGCUUGUUACAUCGAACUAAUGAGAUUUAGAGUCAGACCACCCAAAAACCGUGAGCUUCCAUUACAAUUAAAAACAACAAUGUGCAUAACGGGAAAUAAAGUCGAACUAAAAGGAGAUGUUCUCGUGCCAGGAUUCACAAGCAGGAAAUUGGGACAAGUGCCGUGUGAAGACGUAGCGAUAAGAUUUCCCAUACCGGAAUGUUGGAUAUAUCUAUUCAGAGUAGAGAAGCACUUUAGAUAUGGAUCUGUGAAAUCUGCACACAGAAGGACGGGCAAAGUAAAAGGUAUCGACCGAUUUCUCGGAACAAUGGACAAUCUCGAACCUCAUUUGAUUGAAGUGACAUCUGGCGAGGCAAAGUACGAACAUCACCACAGAGCUGUAGUAUGGAGAAUGCCGAGAUUGCCAAAAGAAGGACAGGGCGCGUACACUACACACAAUCUCGUGUGCCGUAUGACGUUAACGUCGUACGACCAAGUUCCUGAGGAGCUUGAUAAAUAUUGUUAUGUUGAGUUCACGAUGCCGACGACUCAGGUGUCACACACCACCGUUAGGUCGGUAUCAAUUGUAAACAGCGAGAAAGAUUCGCCACCUGAAAAAUACCUAAGACUGAUGGCCAGGCAUGAGUACAGGGUGGAAAUCGAACACAUACACGGGCAGAUCGAAGAAAACCCAUACCUAGCAGCGACUGCAAUGCCCAGAGCCACACAACAAUCGUCAGAAACUAAACCACCACCGCCUCCUGCAUCUGACAGUGAUUCUUCUUCUUAAAUAAUAUACCAUUUAAAUAAUGAAUGCUAUAAUGCUUUAUAAUAAAUUGUUAUAACGUUAUACCAUUCGUUGACAUUCAAUAUUAGAUUGUGAUCUCUUCCUCUAAAGUUAGAUUAACUCAACAAUUAUUGUUAAAAAUACAUAUUUUAUGUAAUGACGUAAUGUACAUAAUUAAUUUAGUUUAGAUUGAUUUAACGUAUUAUCGUAUACUCUGAUACGAUAUUAUCACGAAAAGCACAUUAAAUAAAAAUAUCCAAAUUCGGAUGCAAGCUGAAUAAAUGACUACUUAAUACAUAUAAUAUAUUUAUAUUUCAACUUGACGUCGAAUCUGAAAUUUAAUGACUGUGCCGUACUUUACAAAUAAAAAAUUAGACGUUUUCAUGGGCAAACAAUUUUUUUUUGUUUUUUGUUAGUGGGCUUUUACGAUGUCGAGUUUAUAAGAUGACAAUAAUACGCGUCGAUAUCAUUUUACGAUAUAUUCCUAAAACAUUUUUUACGCUCAUUUAAAAUGCUUGGGGUGUCUCAUUAUUUUUACUAUAGUGACUUUUUAUAUUAGCUGUAAUGAAUACGUGUUAUUUUUCUCAUAUUUUGCCCGUGUCGUACAUGUGCCAUAAUAAUUAUUUUGUCAUAGGUUGUACGUAGGUAACAAUAAUACAUAAAAAAAUCUAUGUUUAUGUUCACCGAA